AUGGCGUCGGAGAUGAGCAAGAACGUGAAGGCCCUCGACGAGCAGGAGGUCACCUCGCAGCAGCGCGACCAGGGCGCUCGCGCCCGGACCAGCGCCGCCGCCGCCGCCGAGGAGCAGCAGGUGGUGGAUCCGCUGGCGCGGCAGUCGUCCAUCAUGUCGCUGACGCUGGAGGAGCUGCAGAACUCGCUGUGCGAGCCGGGGCGCAACUUCGGGUCCAUGAACAUGGACGAGUUCAUGGCCAACAUAUGGAACGCCGAGGAGUUCCAGGCCGCCACCGGCACCGGCGGAUGCAGCAAGGAGGGCACGGAGCGGGAGACGAUGAUGAUGCCCGUGGCGACGGCGGGGGCAGGUGAGAACGGAGCAGGAGGAGGGAGCGGGUUGGUUCGGCAGGGGUCGUUCGCGCUGCCGCCGCCGCUGUCCCGGAAGACGGUGGAGGAGGUCUGGGCCGAGAUCAACCAGGACCCGGCGGAUUCCCAGGCCAACGCCAACGCGGCGCCGCAGGCCGUGGUGCAGCCCCAGAUGGGGAGCGGUGGCGGCGGCGUCGCGGCCAGCGGGCGGCAAGUGACGCUGGGCGAAAUGACGCUGGAGGACUUCCUGGUGAAGGCCGGCGUCGUGCGGGGAGCCUUCGCCGGCCACGGCCCUCAGGCCGUCGGCAUGGUCCCGGCCGGGCCGAUGGGCAUGCAGGACGCGGCUCCCAUGAUGUACCAAGUGGCGGCGCCGGUGCCGCCCAACGCCGUGUACCCGGUGAUGGGCGACGGCAUGGGGUACCACAACGGGUACCCUGGGGGCAUGGCGGUGGUGCCGCCUCCGCCGCCGUCUCAGUGCGUGGCGGCAGCCGCCGUGAGCCCGGGGUCGUCGGACGGGAUGAGCGCCAUGACGCAGGCGGAGAUGAUGAACUGCAUUGGCAACGGAGGCAUGGUCCGGAACGGCGGCGGCGGCGCGCGGAAGCGCGACUCCCCCGAGGACGGGUGCACCGAGAAGACCGUGGAGCGCCGGCAGCGGCGCAUGAUCAAGAACCGUGAAUCCGCGGCCCGGUCACGCGCCAGGAAGCAGGCAUAUACCGUGGAGCUUGAGGCUGAACUGAACCAUCUCAAGGAGGAGAACGAGCGCCUCAGAGCAGAGGAGAUGACAAUUCUGCUAUCGAAGAAAAAGAUGCUGGUGGAGAAGAUGAUGGAUCAGGCAAGGGAGAAUGUGAGCGCCAAGAAGGGCGGUCGCGGGCUGCGCCGCUGGGGCAGCGCCAUGUGGUGA